GCCAGCAUUCGGUUGUUACCAAGAACAAAAGGAUCAUGUCUGUGUUGAAACUCGUGUUGGCAGUCGGGCUGAUGUUGGCAGUGUGUGUUCGGGGCGAGGAAGUGGGCAGAUUCGUUUCCCGGAGAGCGAGCCAACGCGAUUUGAUGCUUGCGCCCAUCGCCUUCCCCUCCGGCCACGCCCCCAUCAUCCGCCUCAGGAGGGACUCAGGCUACGCUCCCCCCGCCCACCACGCCCCCGCCCACGGCUACUCCAAACCGCGCGGGAAAGUGGGACCCGUUUACACCUUCGUCAAGACCGACUACAACGGGAAUUUCAAGUGGGGAGUCAGGCAUAGGGCCGGUGCGCAGUACGGCGGCCACGGCCACUAACUGAGGCGUGUCUCGGACCCUCCCGGUAGAUGUGUACCCUCCAGGCGUUAUAAGUGUACCCCCUCAUACCCUUACCCCUAUUUGGGGACAAUUUAUAUUCCAGGCGUUAGAAGUGUACCCCCCACCCCUACCCCUAUUUUGGGGCAAUUUAUAAUCCGUUCGUUACAAGUAUACCCCCAACUCCCCCCCAUUCGUUAGAAGUAUACCUCCUACUCGUUACAAGUAUCCCCUCCCCCCAUUUGUUACAAAUACACCCCACUCAUUAAAAACGUACGUCCUUAAAACAUAACUACACGUUACAAACAUAUUCCCUAUUUGUUACAAAUACACCCCCAUUCAUUAAAAACGUACCCCCCCCACCACGUUACUAAUAUGACUACACGUUACAAACAUACCCCCUAUACAUUAAAAACAUCCCCAUCACAUGAAAGUCUUAAAAAAAAAAAAAAAAAAAAAAAAAUCGAAAAUAGGAGAGAAGAGAGACAAGUAUUUUCUACAUAUUUUUUUCUGAGUAUCUACUAGUCACUAAUUCCUUUUAAAAUACAAUGAUUUUUUUUUAAUAAGAUACAUCCCCCCUCCCCUUUUCGAAGAUGUACUCUCGUUAGAAUUUUACCCCCUGGCGUUACAAAUGGACCGCCUGUUGUUAUGCAGCGAACCCACAAAUAAUAAUAAAUGUUACUGUUAUAUGUAGACUCCCAAAUAAUCAUAUCUUAACUCAUAACUUGUAACAAAACAUACACCUAUUAAUAAUGAAAAUUCCGUUAAAAAACACCCCCCGCCCGUUACAAAAUUACACCCAACCGUUACAAACUACCCCACCCAUCACAAACAUACCCCCAACCGUUACAAACAUACCCCAUUCGUUACAAACAUAUCCCCAUCCGUUACAAACAUAUCCCAUUCGUUACAAACAUACCCUGAUCCGUUACAAGCAUAUCCCUCCGUUACAAACAUACCCCAUCCGUUACAAACAUAUCCUCAUCCGUUACAAACAUACCCCAUCCAUUACAGACAUACCCCCAUCCGUUACAAACAUACCCCAUCCAUUACAGACAUACCCCCAUCCGUUUCAAACCUACCCUCAUCUGUUACAAACAUACCACCUCCGUUACAAACAAACCCCCAUCCGCUAAAACUUACUCCUAUCCGUUACAGACAUACCCCCAUACGUUACAGACAGACUCCAUAAGCCUACAGGUAGAUGUAAAAAAAAAAAAAAAAAAAAAAAAAAAAAACUGUUAUAAAUAGUCACGCGUGUCUUGUAAAUAUGCAUUAUUUACUCGUCUGUAGAUCUGAAAUAUAUCUACAUGUUUUAUUUGUUUGCUGGCCUAUUGUUGUAAAUAAAUGAUUGCAUAAA